CUUGCUGAUAGUCUUACUGAGGAUUUUAAUCAUUUGGAGUCACACUGAAUUCAAUUCUUCCUGGAGUCUUUCUUUUGCCCACUCUAGCUGAUUUUGGGUCUGUGAGCUUCUGAAUCCACCAACAACUAUCUUUUUUGAGAUGGCAUCUGGAAGACCAUUAUUCAGAACUUAAUAAUAUUGUUGACUGUGACAAUGUGAAGGAAUCAUGUCAGAAAACAUGGUUUGUACGGGAGCCGUUCAUGCUGCAAAGGACGUUUGGGAAAAAAGAAUAAAGAAACUCAAUGAUGACCUGAAGCGAGAGAAGGAAUUUCAGCAAAAGCUAGUGCGAAUAUGGGAAGAAAGAGUAAAUUUAACCAAGCUGAAAGAAAAGGUCAUUAGGGAAGAUGGAAGAGUCAUUUUGAAAAUAGAAAAUGAGGAAUGGAAGACUCUUCCUUCUUCUCUACUGAAACUGAAUCAGCUACAGGAAUGGCAACUUCAUAGAACUGGUUUGUUGAAAAUUCCUGAAUUCGUUGGAAGAUUUCAGAACCUCAUUGUGUUAGAUUUAUCUCGAAACACAAUUUCAGAGAUACCACGAGGAAUUGGUUUGCUUACUAGACUUCAGGAACUGAUUCUUAGUUACAAUAAAAUCAAAACUAUCCCCAAGGAACUAAGUAACUGUGCCAACUUGGAGAAGUUAGAACUUGCUGUUAACAGAGAUAUAUGUGAUCUUCCACAAGAGCUCAGCAAUCUGUUAAAGCUCACUCAUCUUGAUGUGAGCAUGAACAACUUUACUACAAUCCCUCCUGCUGUGUUGAACAUGCCGGCCCUCGAGUGGCUCGACAUGGGAAGCAACAGUCUUCAACAACUGCCUGAGACGAUUGAAAGAAUGCAAAAUCUUCAUACUCUAUGGCUGCAACGAAAUGAAAUCACAUGCUUGCCGGAAACCAUCAACAAGAUGAAAAAUCUGAGUACUCUUGUUCUCACCAACAAUAAACUACAAGAUAUUCCAGAGUGUAUGGAAGAGAUGACCAACUUGAGGUUUGUCAACUUCAGAGACAACCCUCUGAAACUAGAAGUAACGCUUCCUCCCAGUGAAAACACAGAUGAGGAAGAGGAACAAGAAUUGUAUGGAGUGCGGUUUAUGCACUUAUAUAUACAGGAAUCACGAAGAAAAGCAGAUAACCAAAUCAACAGUUCCACUACUUCACCAAUCUCUUCAAAUACUGAAGGAUAAUAUUAUUCAAGAUAUCCUGUUGAUGUAUGGAAUACUUUGGGAAUUUGGUGACUUCUU